GAACGCAUCACCGCAGCUGUUCUCAGCGUCACCGAGAGAGGAGACCGAGGAGAUAGUCUGGUACCGUUACCGGGCCGGGAUACCGUUAGUAAAGAAUCAUUUCCUUCCAGUUUAACGGAACAAAGUCUGGGUACCGGUUAUCAUGGGAAAUAUACCUUGCCAGCGCGGGAACAUCGGCCUCGAAGAACACAGCUUAUGUUUUGACGUAAAUCAGGGAAUAUAACAGCUGACGGCGAAAACACAGAACACCACACUCUCUCCAUCUCCUCCAUUUUGGUUGUCAGUGAUGGAGCACAUCCGGACGCCCAAGGUGGAAAAUGUGCGUCUCCUCGACCGGUCGUCAGGACAGAGAAAGGCCAGCAUUGGGACUCUCUACCUCUCUGCCACGCACACCAUCUUUGUAGAGAACAACCCAGAGACACGCAAGGAGUCCUGGGUGUUGCACAGUAUGGUGAGCAGUGUGGAGAGGACCCCCACCAUCCCCGCAGGAAGUCAGUUGAUCUUGCGAUGCAAAGACUUCCGGGUCUUCCAGAUCCUUGUUCCACAGGAGAGAGACUGUUUGGAUGUCCACACCUCAUUGGUCAGAUUGUCACGACCAGGUGCUUAUGUGUGUGUGAUCAUGUUUGUGAUUGGUUAAAUGUGUUUUAAAGGGAUUUCAUAAACAAAGACCCUGGAAAGCAUGUUGUCAGGAGCAGGUGGUGUCUAGUUCAGGCUGUGAAGCACUUUCA